AUGGCUACACUUAUUAAAGCCGGUCAGGCCUGACCCGGAUAAGCUUCGCUCUGAUAAGUCUGGAAAAGCAGCUAUCAACUCCCAUUUCUUCUUCCUCAUUUUAAUAUAUCAAAAACCCUAGUCGGAUAAACCCUAUUCUGCAAUUUUGGUGAAUGAAAUUGAUGCUGAAUAUUGCUUUGUUCCAAUGCCCAUUUUGUAAACCCUAAUGCUCUCCGAGUUUGCUGAAGAGGAUGGCCACCAUUGAUACCCUAAUCUCAGCUCGGGUUAAUUUUCCAAAACCCUACUCUACUCCUAUCAAAUCUCUCCCCAAACGAAUACAUCCCUCGAAUUUGACCCGAAAAUUCCGAUUAAGAACUCCAUUACUUCACCGAUCAUUCACAGUUUUAUGCGAAUUACAAUCCUCACAGCCCGGUGGUGACACUAGCAAGCCCAAAGGGGAUGACUUUGUGACUAGGGUUUUGAAGGAAAACCCUAGCCAAGUAGAGCCCAGGUACCUCGUUGGUAACAAGAUUUACACAUUGAAAGAAAAAGAUGAUUUAAGAAAAGGUAACAAUCUGGGUUUGAUCGAAAUUUUGAAGAAAAAGUUGAAUACAAAAUCAAAAUCAAAAAGUGAAACCAUUGGAGGGGAAAGAGAGAGUGAAACUAGUGAAAAUGACUACGUGUAUUUGAAUGAUAUUUUGAGGGAGUAUAAAGGGAAGCUUUACGUGCCAGAGCAGAUUUUUGGGGCAGAGUUAUCCGAGGAGGAGGAAUUCGAGAAGAAUUUGGAGGAAUUGCCCAAAAUGAGCUUGGAAGAUUUUAGGAAAGCUAUGAAAAGUGACAAGGUUAAAUUGUUGACUUCCAAGGAGGUUUCUGGUGUUUCAUAUGUUGGUAGGUAUUGGGACUUUGUUGUGGAUUUGGAGGAUAUUCCUGGUGACAAGAGCUUGCAAAGGACUAAAUGGGCAAUGAGAUUGAAUGAGAGUGAAGCCCAAGAUCUUUUAAGAGAGUACACUGGACAACGAUAUGAAAUUGAGACGCCCAUGACGUCUUGGGUGGGUAAAAUACCAGAGUAUCCUCAUCCAGUGGCAUCGUCCAUAUCCAGCAGAGUGAUGGUAGAGCUUGGAAUGGUGACUGCUGUAAUUACUGCUGCAGCAGUUCUUGUUGGAGGGUUUCUAGCAGCUGCUGCAUUUGCUGUCACCAGUUUUGUCUUUGUAACAACUGUAUAUGUUGUAUGGCCCAUAGUGAAACCAUUUGUUAAACUUUUUCUAGGUAUCAUAUUCAGUAUAUUAGAGAGGAUUUGGGAUAAUCUUGUUGAUGUGUUUAGUGAUGGGGGGAUUUUCUCCAAGUUGUAUGAAUUUUACACUUUCGGUGGUGUAUCUGCUAGUAUCGAGAUGCUAAAACCCAUCACAAUUGUCCUUUUAACCAUGGUUCUUCUUGUGCGUUUCACACUUUCAAGAAGACCUAAGAACUUCAGGAAAUGGGAUCUAUGGCAAGGCAUUGAUUUUUCGCGAUCCAAAGCAGAAGCUCGUGUUGAUGGUUCAACUGGUGUUAAGUUUAGUGAUGUAGCAGGCAUAGAUGAAGCAGUUGAGGAACUUCAAGAGUUGGUGAGAUAUUUGAAGAAUCCAGAACUAUUUGAUAAGAUAGGGAUAAAGCCUCCUCAUGGGGUUCUUUUGGAGGGCCCCCCAGGAUGUGGGAAGACCUUAGUUGCCAAGGCUAUAGCUGGUGAAGCAGGUGUUCCGUUCUACCAAAUGGCAGGCUCAGAAUUUGUGGAAGUUUUAGUCGGUGUUGGUUCUGCUCGUAUCAGGGAUCUGUUUAAGAGAGCCAAGGUAAAUAAACCAUCAGUUAUAUUCAUUGAUGAAAUUGAUGCUUUAGCAACUAGACGUCAAGGGAUUUUCAAGGAAACAACAGACCACCUGUAUAAUGCAGCCACUCAGGAGCGGGAAACUACUUUGAAUCAGCUACUAAUAGAGCUUGAUGGGUUUGAUACUGGCAAAGGUGUUAUAUUUUUGGCUGCUACAAAUCGUAGAGAUUUGUUAGAUCCUGCACUUCUCAGGCCAGGUCGUUUUGAUCGCAAGAUAAGAAUUCGUCCUCCAAAUGCUAAGGGGCGAUUGCAAAUUUUGAAAAUUCAUGCAAGCAAAGUGAAGAUGUCAGAGUCAGUUGAUUUGUCUUCUUAUGCAAAUAACUUGCCUGGAUGGACUGGAGCAAAAUUGGCUCAACUAGUCCAAGAGGCUGCUCUUGUGGCUGUCAGGAAAAGGCAUGAAUCUAUUCUUCAGUCAGAUAUGGAUGAUGCAGUAGAUCGACUAACUGUAGGACCUAAGCGUGUUGGUAUUGAUCUGGGUCAUCAGGGACAGUGUCGCAGAGCAACUACUGAAGUUGGAGUUGCUAUAACUUCUCAUCUGCUUAGGCGAUAUGAAAAUGCAGAAGUUGAAUGUUGUGAUCGUAUCUCUGUUGUUCCUCGUGGUCAGACACUAUCACAAGUUGUGUUUCAUCGGCUAGAUGAUGAAUCAUACAUGUUUGAGCGCCGACCGCAGCUGUUGCAUCGGCUCCAGGUUUUUCUUGGGGGAAGAGCUGCUGAAGAGGUGAUUUAUGGGCGGGACACCUCGAGGGCAUCACUUAGCUACCUGGCAGAUGCAUCUUGGCUUGCUCGCAAAAUUUUAACCAUAUGGAAUUUGGAGAAUCCAAUGGUCAUACAUGGAGAACCGCCACCAUGGAGAAAGAAAGUUAAAUUCGUGGGUCCUCGGCUAGACUUUGAAGGAUCUCUUUAUGAUGACUAUGACCUGAUUGAACCCCCUGUCAACUUCAAUAUGGAUGAUGAAAUCGCAAAGAGGAGUGAGGAACUACUACGGGAUAUGUAUGGAAGGACGGUUUCUCUUCUUAGGAGGCAUCACGCUGCUUUGCUGAAAGCGGUGAAGGUUCUUCUGAAUCAAAAGGAGAUCAAUGGAGGGGAAAUUGACUACAUUUUAAACAAGUACCCUCCUCAAACUCCAUUGAAUCUUGUUUUGGAAGAGGAAAACCCAGGAAGUCUUCCUUUUAUCAAACAAGAACAAGAACGUGAACCGGACUUACAGCAAGUGCUGCUAACCCCUUCAAUAUCUGAAACACUUUGAGUAUGGCUGUUCAGUCUUUCAUGAAUUCUAUGUUUAAUAAACCACAAUUUUAUUCAUAUUCAUUGAUGCUCAUCUCAACUCUAAAAUAUUUAUUUUUUUAUCAAAAUCUUCUAUUAAUUUUUUAUACAAGAAAAUACAUUUUUUAAA